AGCUACAGUCGUACCAAACAUCCUGGCUGACAGCGUCCUGUGUCAGCUGACAGCUUAAAGACAGGAAAAUAGCUUCGGUAUGAUGUUUUGUUUUUUUAGUUUAUAAAGACGCUAUAUUGUCUCUUAUCUUAAAUCGUAACGCGUUUUAAAACCCCCAGGUCACUUAAAAUAAUGUGAUUCGGGAUUAAAAUGAAGCUAUCUUCUACCGAGUUUUACUUUGUUUUAGCUCUACAACGCAAAUCCUCCUAGCAACCGUGCUAACUGUGGUGAUAAUAGCUAAUGAUUGCUUCUUCAAAAGGAGCAACUUAGCGAGUUAUCCCAAUUUACUGGGGUAAGGUAUAUGAGCAGCCACACUAGACUCAGGGCUUCCUAAAAGGUAAAUGUUGUUUAAAUGGCCACAACUGAGCAAGGAAAUGGACUGGAUAUCCGGGGAAGUAAAGAGCUUAAAGACAGAGGUAAAAGUAGUAAAUAUGGAUCGGAACCAGAGGUGAAUGGCAAUGCCAUCUUCGUGGAGAAACAUGUGGACCGCUACGGCUUCACCGGGGGUGCCCAGCAGUAUUCAGCCGAAACUGUUGAAGAGAUUCCCAUUGAAGUGCUCAGACAGCGUGAGGCAAAAUGGCUUGAAAUGCUCAACAAUUGGGACAAGUGGAUGGCCAAAAAGCACAAGAAGAUAAAGGAACGAUGUCAAAAGGGAAUUCCUCCAUCACUUCGUGGUCGAGCUUGGCUUUACCUCACUGGGGGGAAAGUCAAAAGGGAACAAAACAAAGGCAAAUUUCAGGAACUAGAUGAUCAGCCUGGCGAUCCUAAAUGGGUUGACAUCAUUGAGAGAGAUCUCCAUCGACAGUUUCCUUUCCAUGAGAUGUUUUCAGCUCGAGGUGGUCAUGGGCAGCAGGACUUGUUUCGUGUGUUGAAGGCCUACACGCUGCAUCGUCCUGAGGAAGGAUACUGUCAGGCUCAGGCCCCUAUUGCAGCUGUUCUUCUGAUGCAUAUGCCAGCAGAGGAUGCAUUUUGGGUCCUUUUUCAAAUUUGUGAGAAAUACCUUCCUGGUUACUACAGCAAAGGCCUGGAGGCCAUCCAGCUGGAUGGAGAAAUCCUCCAUGCUCUGCUGAAGAAGGUGUGUCCUUUAGCUUACCGCCACCUGGAGAAUCAGAAACUGGGGCCUAUUCUGUACAUGACAGAGUGGUUCAUGUGUGCCUUCUCCAGGACGCUGCCCUGGGCCUCUGUGCUCAGGGUCUGGGACAUGUUUCUCUGUGAAGGAGUGAAAAUCCUGUUCCGUGUUGGCUUGGUUCUUUUAAAGUGCACUUUGGGAUCUCAAGAAAAACUGAAAAGCUGUCCGGGUCUGUAUGAAACUAUGGAGCUGCUCAAAGCGAUGCCACCACAGUACAUGCAAGAAGCUUUCCUUGUGCACGAGAUUUUAGAGCUGUCAGUGUCAGAGAAGGACAUUGAGAAGGAGCACCGAUCUCAACUGCGCCUGUGGAAGGAGUCUCAUGGAGAGCUGCACUGUAAAUCUCCUCCCAGAAUGCAUGGGGCCAGAGCGGUCAUGGCUGCAGAGCCUCCCAGCAGACAGGACCUGAAGGAGAGGCCCACCAUCAUUGUGGAGUCUCCACUCGCCACUGUUCCUGUUGAGGAGAAAAUGGGAGACAACCGUGCAAAAAGAAGAUCCAAAAAGGAUAAAGAAAAAGUAGAAGAAAAAAACAGAUUAGGUAAUGAGGAGGGCAUUGACCCUCACAUUUCUCAAAAAGAGCCCUCACCUCUGCUCAGUGCCCACACAGAGCAGGGCUCCAACGACAGUCUCAGCAGCGCAGAGCAUGAUACCUACCUGUAGCAGCAGAGCGUUAUUUACACAAUAAAGGCCACUUCUCAGUAACGUAUAUGAAGGCACUGUUCUUUGAAGUGGAACUACACUAACCAAUGGACUAUAGAAACAUGACUAUGCAGCACUGAGGACUGGGGUGUUACUUUCAUAUUGCUCUGUUUUUCAUCUCUGUAAUUAUUAUUUUUUUAUAUGGAGCAUUUUAUGAAAGUCAGAACAAUCAAAUAGAUAAUUUUUGAAAACAAAUGUUAAAACUUGUUUUUCAGGGAGAAAUUCCUCAUAAGCUUUGUUUCAAAUAUGCUUUAUUGAGACAGCACACAAGCACAAAGAAUACAAUUUUUGUUCAUAUGAAGUCUUACGUUAUAAGGGAAUUUACUUUGCCUUACACUAAUUACUACAUUGUCAAUGCUGAGAUUGAUCCAGUUUUCUUGAAAUCAUUUGACAAAUACUGUUCCCUAUAGUAUGAAAGGUGUGAUGAAGUCUUUUAUAGCAGUUGGGCACAAGAGGGCGCCAUGGUAUUAUUUGCGCUCCACACUCCUCAAUGUACUUUUGCGCUAAUGGAUUUCAGCGCCACCUCAGUUUCUUAUAUGAUCGUGAGUAAUGUUUUUUUAUGAAGGACACUACCAAUUGCUUGUAUGCUGCUUUGCUGUCUGAUUAAAGAUCAGAUAUUUUCUUUGUUUUUUAAUAAGCAAUUUUAAGUUAAGAUAGAUAUUAUUAUAUUGCCAAAGUACCAAUGCCUGUAUUAUUGACAGGACUUACUCAUAAAUCAUUACUCCCCAAAGACAACAUAUGCAGUGUAGCCUCACACAGAAUAUAAGCAGCCAUAAAUACUGAAGGAUUUGAAGUAUAUAUUUGUUUUCUUUAGUGAGUGCUUAAACAAUCGACUUGUCUUGAUCUUUCUUGUAGUCUUUUUUUUUUUGUAAUGAGGCAUGCUUUAGGAGAUGAUACAUUUUUUUUAUGGGUUUAUAUUUUCCAUAUAGGAAGCACUUUUACUUUCAUGUAUCCUGCGAAGAGUUUCAUAUUUAAAUUUGCAUACAUAUUCCAUUGUCAUUUAAUAUUCCACUAUUGUAAAUCUGUUUGGACUCGAGAUGGUAAAGCUCAAAGUGCCCAAUUGUUGAAUUAUUCUAUGUUUUAGAAAGACAAUCACCAGCUCUUUUGUAUUAAAUUGUGUAAACAAUAAAUUUUAAUCCAAUCAC